AUCUCUAUUGGUGCUGACAGAUGAUUAAUGACCCCAGCCCCCCUUUACCCCUUUGAUCGUAGUCCUUUGAUCUCUAUUGGUGCUGACAGAUGAUUAAUGACCCCCGCCCCCGGACCCCUUUUGAUCGUAGUCCUUUGAUCACUAUUGGUCAUGGCAGAUGUUUAACAACUUUGAAGUUUAGCGCAUGCGUGCUAGGCGUGUUAUGGGUUAUGUCCGUACAUGUCCCCCCUAGAAAAAAACGUAGUGUGUGGAGGGGGCGUGUUUAGCGCAUGCGUGCUAAUGCGUGUUCCGGGGACAUGUCCGUACAUGUGAAUCGGAAGUAGUAGGGCGUGUUUAGCGCAUGCGUGCUAAUGCGUGUUCCGGGGACAUGUCCGUACAUGUCCUAACGAAGAAUCGGAAGUAGUAGGGCGUGGCUAGCGCCUGGGCUAGUCGUAGCCAAAGCGAGCUAACCGGCAUUCUCAACAAGCUACCGUGAGGGGAGCCAUGAUUAACGAGACGUGUGUUAACAUUAGCCCUCAGCUGGUGAAGACUGCUUUUUACCAGGUUGGUCACAUUAUAUGAAAUUAUUGAUCAUUUAGUGAAAGGAACAGCAUCAUAAAACAUAAUAUCCUCUUACUUGUUAAUUUUUAAACCUAACUUAACCUAACCUAACCUAUUGAACUCGCCUAAGUAUCCUUGAGCAAGGUACUGAAUCCCUCAAUGCUCCUGGUGACGCAACACCAGUAGGUAGAUGGCAAUGUAGUGUAUGCCAUGAAGUCUAUUCUUUUUAGACUAAUAAUGACUCAAAAUGAGCUCCAAAAUGUAAUGCUACUGGAAGGAAUCUCAAGUCUGUACAGAAAAAUGGUUGAAGCAUGACGCAGUCCUGCAGAUGUUAUUCCUAUUGCAUGAUAGUUUACGCGGACCUGUGUAUCAGUGGGGGGAGACGCUGCAAAAACGCGGCAUUUUUCAACAAAUGUAUGUCUACACACAUAUACAGAUCUCAUGUUUGUGUUAAGAUGGGUAUCUGUGCAAUCUCAAAGGCGUUAUCAGUGGAGAGAAACGAAGCAUUUUUUUCAACAAAUGUAUGUCCACUCAGCAAAAUGCAGAGCCCCAUGUUCAUUUAAAGAUCAAGGUCAUAAAACAUUUUAAAAAUCAAAAACUACAAAAUACGAUUACGUAAAAAUGGGUGGGGAAAACCCUAUAAAUUCGCUAUCUCCUCGCCUUCUUCGUUGUCCGUUCAACAUACCUGAUACCAAAUGGCCAGAGAGGUUAAAGAAAUCAACAUUUCAAACUAUGAGUUGGACCUAAGGUCUGAUGCGGAGGACACUGAAUUGACACAUCACGCGUCGACACCGGCUUCUUCGCCAUCCCUACUAUGGGACCUUGGUGAUUCGGAGGCUGAUCUUAAUUAUUCUUCGCAAUCGACUUCGGAUAACGACAUACAGCCGCACGACUGGCGUAGGCCAUUAUCGCGAUCAAGUGAGGAGGACAGUGGCUAUUAUUCACAAUCUAAUGGCCUAUCCACUCCACCAAGAGCAGCAACAGCAUACUUAGCAGAUGCCUCUACACAAACUGACAUAUUCAUUAAAUCAGAAGCUGUCGAUGAGCCAGCCAUCUUAGUUGGUGAGAAUUUUAUAUUUACCCCCUCGGUGAUUCGAUACGCACCACCAGCGCAGGUGUUAGUUGCGGAUGCAACUGCGCAGAUUGAUGAGUUAUUCAUUCAACCAAACGCCGCCCCAAAACCUGCAAUAGUUGCGGAUGCAACUGCGCAGAUUGAUGAGUUAUUCAUUCAACCAAACGCUGCCCCAAAACCUGCAAUAGUUGUGGAUGCAACUGCGCAGAUUGAUGGGUUAUUCAUUCAACCAAACGCCGCCCCAGCGCAUGUGUUAGUUGCGGAUGCAACUGCGCAGAUUGAUGAGUUAUUCGUUCAACCAAACGUUAUAAUUCCACGUCUCAUCAGGAGCGGGCCGCAUGAGCUUCCUCGGGAACCUGGCACCCCGUUUGGAUUCAUUAUUGACGAAGCGAGAGGUCGAUAUUAUUCAUAUUAUUUUGUCUGAUUUGCUAUCCUGAUUAAAAAUGGAUGAUUCUAUUCCUGACAUACCGUGUGAAUUUCAAGAUUUUAUCAAUCAAAUAAACGAGCAAAUGGUGUCACAGCCUGAUAUACCUUACGAACUGUUGGAUAUUGUCAGCGGAAUAAACAAUGUGAAUCAGGUAAACAAUGAGAUGGCAUUUGAGCAACACAACCCAGACACGCUGAUUGAUUCAGAUGAUCCAUUUGUAGCCAUUCGAUCAAUAGAUGAUUUUGUCGAUUUCUUUCAGCCUUUACAAAACGCUUUAAUACAACUUAAUCAACCGAGCAAUGUUCCAAACGAAUCAACUGACAGUGUCAUGCACAAUGAUGUACAAGCUGACACACAGGAGCAAACUGACAGUGUCAUGCAUAAUGAUGUACAAGCUGACACACAGGAGCAAACUGACAGUGUCAUGCACAAUGAUGUACAAGCUGACA